GUUUUCUUUGUUGCUUGUAUCAGUUAACAGUCUAACCUCAUCGGACUAACAACAACAGAACAAUGUUUUUUAAGGUCGUGAGUCUUCUGGCUUUAGCCACGGUUGUGGUUGCUCAACACGGUCAUGGGCACGCUCACUCCUCGCAGCACAUCUCCAAGCACGACGGACAUCCGCACGUGGUCACCAUCCACGACCACCAUGGACAUGAGAAGCAUGUCGACUACUACACUCAUCCCAAAUACGAGUUCGAGUACAAAGUGGAUGACCACCACACGGGCGACCACAAGACCCAGCACGAGCACCGCGACGGCGACGUCGUCAAGGGCUUCUACAGCCUGCACGAGCCCGACGGUUCCAUCAGACACGUGCACUACCACGGCGAUAAGCACUCUGGUUUCCAUGCCGAUGUUAAACACAGCACCCAUCACAUCGUUCCCGAGCAUCACCACCAUCAGAACAAUGUGCUUGACCUCGACGUGGUAGUUGGACUUGGUGUCGUGGCCGUCGCGGUGCUCGUGCUGCGCCUUGUGGUCGCCCGUGUGGUCGUCGUCCACUUUGUAUCAGUUAACAACAAGCUUCAUACGCUUCUGCACAUUAAUAUUUUCUACUCAAAAAUGUAUUUUAAGGUGUUGUGCCUCGCAGCCGUUUUGGGAGUGGUGACAGCCCAGCACGGACACGGCCACGCGUACUCCUCGCAGCACGUCUCCAAGCACGACGGACAUCCCCACGAGGUCGUCAUCCACGAUCACCACGGUCAUGGAAAGCACGUCGAUUAUUAUACUCAUCCAAAAUACGAGUUCGAGUAUAAAGUAGACGACCACCACACGGGCGACCACAAGACGCAGCACGAGCACCGCGACGGCGAUGUCGUCAAGGGCUUCUACAGCCUGCACGAGCCCGACGGUUCCAUCAGACACGUCCACUACCAUGGCGACAAGCAUACUGGUUUCCAUGCGGACAUCAAGCACAGCACCCACCACAUAGUUCCUGAGCACCAUCAUUAUCACGAUUAAUUAAAAAUUGCUGU